AUGUCUAAGUCAUCAACCAAGCCCCCUACAUUCGUGACCGCCCCCGUGGAGCCACAAGACUACGCCAACAGUCCGGCCCAUUACGCCGUGGCCACCCGAGACCACGCCGCCCUCACCAAAAUCGUCUCCACCCUUCCCAAGCUCUCCGACGCCAACACCAUCAACACCGAGGCCGAAUCCAUAGCCGAGGAGCACCUCGCGGAGAAAAUCUCGGCCGUCCUCGACCGCCGCGACAACCCCCUCAAGGAGUCGCCCCUCCACAUCGCUGUCCGCCUCAACGAUGUCGAAUCCGCCCGCAUCAUGGCCGCCGCAGGGGCCAACAUCUACCUCCAAAACUCCGUCGGGUGGCAUGCCCUCCAGGAGGCCCUCCUCCGCCGCUGCAAGGAGAUCGUGCCCAUCCUCGUCUACCACGGCCACCUUAACAACUGGUCCAAGUGGCGCCGCCGCCUGCCGCGCCUUGUCGCCGCCCUACGCCGCAUGCGGGACUUCUACAUGGAGAUAUCCUUUCACUUCGAGAGCUCCAUCAUACCCUUCAUCGACAGGGUGGCGCCCUCUGACACGUACAAGAUCUGGAAGCGCGCCGGGAACCUCCGCGCUGACACGACCCUGGCCGGGUUCGACGGCCUGAACUUCAAGCGGCGCAACCACAGUUUCUUGUUCAUCAACGACGUGGACCGGCCGGACGUGCCCCAAGGGUCCCUCUUGGUGGUGAAGCACGACAAGAAGCAAGUCCACGUGGCGGAAUACCAGAGGAUGGGGACGCCGCUGACGGAGGCGCAGAUCGCCAAGGACUGCAACCCCAAGAGCGUCACACGGCCGGGCGUCGACGUGUCGAAAGCUGAGCUCGUCAGCUGCAAGAACUGGAGGCGCCAGGACAGGACCGAGCACGUCGGGAAGUGGAAGUCAAGGGUCUACGAGAUGCGCAACGUCGUGCUCACCUUCCGCGAGUGCAAGCUGCCGGCGGUGGAAGCGCUGCCCUCGACUGAGCCGCAGAAGGCCACAGAGGCGGCGUUUAAGAAGAAUCUGAGACCUAUGCUUUGGCUAACGGAGAAGUUCCCGUUGGAGACAGAUGAGCUCCACCGCUUGUUGGAUAUUCUGUCAAAGAAGCUCACCGCCGUUAAACGGAUGAGGGAGGUGCUCAAAACCACCUUCCCACCUAGAACUUUUCCGGUCAAGGUAUCGAUACCCGUGGUUCCAACAGUAAGAGUGGUAAUAACAUUUACAAAAUUUGUGGAGCUACUAUCGGAGGAAGAUGAUUUCCACACUCCGCCUUCAAGUCCAGGGCGUGAAGAAGAGAGCAGUGCCACGUUCUCAUCGCCACCGUCGAAGACCGACAUGGAUCCGUUUGAGAUUCCGAGUGGGUAUACUUGGAUCCGACAUGAUUCUAAUUCUAAAAAGACUAGGAAAGUUGAGAGCUCUACGUCAAAGAAGAAAAAAUGA